ACCUAAGGUGUGUACACACCUCUGGUCGACCCUGCAAGUACAUGCCCUCACCAACAUCACGUUAACGUCUGCUCACCAUGGCGAGAAAGCCCAAAAGUGACGUCUCACUCAAACUCCUCGUGCUGGGAGCUCCAGGAACUGGAAAAACGCGUUUCAUCGAACGUUACUGCCGCUCAUCAUUCCACUCUACAGAAAUCGGCGACGUCACGAUCAAAACAAUGAAAAUCAAAGGCAUCCGAUUCACAAUUUCUUUUUGGGAUACGAGCAGUAAGCAACUGAUUCCGCCGCCUGGUAAUACGAGCCCGACGUCGUUUGUUGCACGCGGUUCUCACGGUGCUAUCGUAUUGUAUGACAUCACCAAUGCAAAGAGUUUGGAUGACGUAGUCCCGGAUGUUGAGCAGUUUGUUAGCACAACUGGGAGUGAGACAAAGUUGGUGUUGGUGGGAAAUAAGAGCGACCUGGCGGUGGAGUCUCGGGCUGUGAGUAUAAAAGAUGCCGGGGAAUUUGCUCGGCAUCAUAAGAUGGUGGGUGUGUUGGAGGUGUCGGCCAAGAAAAAUCGAGGAUUCGAGCAGGUGAUGGACCUCCUACUCGAUUCCAUCUAUAGAGACAUGAAUACAAAGAGUACCGAGAUGUCUGUCAAAGUGGAGAGAACUUAUGAUCCCGAUCUUGACUCUCACGGUGUCAGGAGUCGCUCCAAAUGCACCUGCACUCUCUAGCAU